AUGCGAAAAUCAGUGAAACUGGUGAAUUUUUCGAGUUCUAUGCAUUUUUCAGUCCAAAGCAGCAAAGAAACUACAAAAAUUGAUCCGGAAAACGACUCAAAUGAUAGAAAAAACAGCCAGAAUUUCGAAACUAGCUCUGAUCUAGCUCGAUCUAAAACAGCUAAGAAACCACCAAAAUCGACCCAAAAAACGAUUCAAAUGCCCCGAAAAACAAUCGAAUGGCCUAAAAUGCCAGAGUUUCGCGCGCAAAUAACCCGAAUUUGGUUGCGCGCGCUGAGAAUCAAACGCGUUCGCCGUGGAGCGCGUUUGCUUCGCCUUCGAAAAAACAAUUUUUUUUCAUUUAUUUUUGCAAGUCUAGAAGUGAAAAGUAAGAGAUAA